GAGUUGCAAAAGCCCCUGGAGGACUUUAGCCUGCCUCAUGUUUAGGAGGCGGUGCUUUACCCAAAGUUUAGAGGACACAAAAGAAAGGAAGCUGAAGUUUUGGAAUGAGUGCCAUGUUGUGGUUAAACUAAGGCUUUUAGCAGAGUCACCAGAGCUGACUGGACUCUAGAUUCACUUUUUAAAACUUGCUUUGUAACAUUUUUUUCGCCUCUCUGCAGUUGGAAUCCUACAGCUACCUGGUUUUCAUCACCACACUCUUGUUGUUCUGCGUUUCUUCCGGGUAACAGAAGACCCAAGAUGCCCACAAACUUCACUGUGGUACCAGUGGAGGAUGUGGAGGAUGGCAGCAACAGCCCUGCUGCAUCUGAGGAGAACAAGCCAAUCAGUCUGGGUAAAAUCUUUCAAGACCAAGAGAACGUGGACAACUUACAGGAGUCUCACUCAGAAGAUGAUGGUCAGCAAGAGUCUAGUCCUUUCAUCAGCCUUGACAAUGAUGAAGAGCAGUCUUAUGAUGGCAAGAACAUGGCUCUUUAUGAGGAGGAAAUGGACAGUACACCUAUGGUAUCGUCCCUUCUCAACAAGCUGGCCAACUACACUAACCUCACCCAGGGCGUUCGAGAGCACGAGGAGGCUGAAGAUGGAGCCACGAGGGUCACUGUUAUGGUCCCCCAAAUGGGAACAUUCAUUGGGGUGUAUCUGCCCUGCAUGCAGAACAUCCUGGGCGUGAUUCUCUUUUUGCGUCUCACGUGGAUUGUUGGAACAGCGGGAAUCUUGGAAUCCUUUGCCAUUGUCUUCAUGUGUUGUGUCUGUACUUUUCUCACAGCCAUAUCAAUGAGUGCCAUAGCCACCAAUGGAGUCGUGCCAGCUGGUGGCUCGUAUUAUAUGAUUUCCAGAUCUUUGGGUCCAGAGUUUGGAGGAGCAGUUGGUCUUUGCUUCUACCUGGGAACUACCUUUGCAGGAUCGCUGUACAUCCUGGGCACCAUAGAGAUCCUGCUGAUAUACAUCGUUCCCACAGCAACAGUGUUUAAGGAAAGCAAUAAUGAAGCGAUGCUCAACAACAUUCGCGUCUACGGGACAUGCUGUCUGAUCCUGAUGGCGCUAGUGGUGUUUGUUGGGGUGAAGUACGUGAACAAGCUGGCUUUAGUGUUUCUCUCCUGUGUGAUUCUGUCCAUCAUGGCUACUUAUGCGGGAGUCAUCAAAACCCUCAUACCGUUGAACCAAUCAGAGUUUAAUGUGUGUCUGUUGGGGAAUCGCUCUCUGAGGGGUGAAAUGAUUCAGUCCUGUUCGAAGAUGGAAGUAGUGAAAAACGUAUCCGUCCGCACCAACCUGUGGGACUUUUUCUGUACAAAUGAAACUUGUGACGAGUACUUCCUCUUGAACAAUCUGACAGAAAUAAAGGCCAUACCAGGGCUCCUGAGUGGAAUAAUCAAAGAAAACUUGUGGAGCCACUAUGGUCCAGCAGGGACGAUGAUAGAGAAGGAAAAUCAUUAUUCAGUACCUGCUCAAGUCCCAUCCAACGACAAAAACAAGUACUUUGUCUUCAAUGACAUCACCACUUACUUCACAUUGUUAGUGGGGAUAUAUUUCCCCUCUGUCACAGGUAUCAUGGCCGGUUCCAACAGGUCCGGUGAUCUUCGAGACGCUCAAAGAUCCAUACCGACUGGAACCAUCCUGGCUAUUCUCACCACCUCCUUUGUUUACAUCUCCUUUGUGGUGUUGUUUGGAGCCUGUAUUGAAGGAGUGGUGCUGAGAGACAAGUUUGGAUACUCCGUUAACAACCCAGUUAUUGGUGCUCUGGCAUGGCCGUCGCCCUCGGUGAUAGUGAUUGGCUCGUUUUUCUCUUGCUGCGGUGCAGGCCUGCAGAGCUUGACUGGUGCUCCUCGCCUGUUGCAGGCCAUUGCUCGUGAUGGCAUCAUCCCCUUCUUACAUGUGUUUGGUCAUGGAAAAGCGAACGGUGAGCCGACCUGGGCUCUGCUGCUGACCGUUGGGAUCUGUGAGAUAGGAAUCCUCAUUGCAUCUCUGGAAGAGGUGGCCCCCAUCCUCUCCAUGUUUUUUCUCAUGUGCUACCUAUUUGUCAACUUGGCCUGUGCUGUUCAGACUUUGCUCCGCACCCCCAACUGGAGACCUCGCUUUAAGUUUUAUCACUGGACUUUGUCCUUUCUGGGGAUGAGUCUCUGUCUCUCCCUCAUGUUCAUAUGUUCCUGGUAUUAUGCUCUGGUUGCCAUGCUGAUUGCCAGCUGUAUUUAUAAAUACAUUGAAUACAGAGGAGCGGUAAAGGAAUGGGGUGAUGGGAUCAGAGGUUUGUCUUUAAAUGCAGCUCGCUACGCUCUUGUCCGCCUGGAGGAGGUACCGCUGCACACCAAAAACUGGAGACCACAGGUGUUGGUGUUGUGUAAGCUGGACGCGGAUCUGUCCGUGAAGCACCCUCGUCUCCUGUCCUUCACCUCUCAGCUCAAAGCAGGAAAGGGUCUGACCAUCGUCUGCUCAGUCCUAGAGGGCACGUACAUGAACCUCAAGGAAAACGCCAAAACUGGAGAGCAGAACCUAAAACAGGCCAUGGCUGCAGAGAAGACCAAAGGUUUCUCCCACGUGAUAGUGUCGUCCAGUCUAAGAGAUGGUUUCUCCAUCCUAAUCCAGUCUGCAGGACUGGGUGGAAUGAAGCACAACACUGUCCUGAUGGCAUGGCCAGCAGCCUGGACACAACAUCGGGAAUCCUCAGCCAGGAGGAAUUUCAUAGAGACGGUGAGAGAGACGACGGCGGCCCAACAGGCGCUGCUGGUCGCAAAGAACAUCGACAGCUUCCCUGACAACCACGAGCGCCUGAAGGAGGGGACGAUUGAUGUGUGGUGGAUCGUACACGACGGCGGACUACUCAUGCUUCUGCCUUUUCUGCUCAUUCAGCACAAGGUCUGGAGGAAGUGCAAAAUGAGGAUCUUCACUGUGGCCCAGAUGGAUGACAACUCCAUCAGGAUGAAGAAGGAUCUCCAGAAGUUUGUCUAUGAGCUGCGUCUGGAUGCAGAGGUGGAGGUUGUGGAGAUGCACGAGAGUGACAUCUCAGCUUUCACAUAUGAGAAGACUCUUGUGAUGGAGCAAAGAUCUCAAAUGCUGAAACAGAUGCAGCUGUCGCGUACCGAGAGGGAGCGAGAGGCCCAGCUGAUUCAUGACAGGAAUACAGCCUCUCACUCCUCUAUGAGCGACAAAGCUGCAGGAGCCACGUCGGACCACGUCCACAUGACGUGGACAAAAGACAAGCUGAUCAACGAAAGGAACAAACAAAGAGAAGGCAUGGCGGUUAAAGACAUGUUUAAUAUGAGACCGGAGUGGGAAAAUCUAAACCAGACUAAUGUGCGGAGGAUGCACACCGCUGUGAAGCUGAACGAGGUGGUAGUGAGGAAGUCCAAAGACUCUGAGUUGGUGCUGCUCAACAUGCCCGGCCCACCCAAGAACAAAAAAGGAGACGACAACUAUAUGGAAUUCCUGGAGGUUUUAAUGGAAGGACUGGACCGUGUCCUGUUAGUUCGCGGAGGAGGUCGGGAGGUCAUUACCAUCUACUCUUAACCUCAGGACAUUUAUUUUUUUAUUAAAUCUUUUUUUUUUAAUCAAUGGAAGAAAACGUUGGACUGCGAGAUUCAAGUGAAAGGUUCAGAGAGGACAUUGAGACUGAACAACGUUCUUCUACCACAUGGUUGGGAGAAUAAAAGCUAGAAAGACCCUGAACUGUUGGUGUGAAGUUACAGAGGAGGACACUUAUCCACCUGCAGCACAACCUCGGCACCGUGAGCGCUCCGUCCACUCUCUGAGCGUGCAAAGGUUGUGGCCAUUUUUAAAGGACUCAUCAUUUCAAUUUGACAUGGCCUACUUUCUUUAUUGAACUUUUAUUUUUUCACGACUACAACCGAGAUCACUGAAAUCUGCACUAAGUGAGCACGUGUCAUUAUUUAUUUCCACGUUCGUUAACACGUCUUUGAUCAGGACUGUAAAAGGAAAUUCUGAACCUUGCUUGUAAUAUUGUUUUUAGUCUGUUCAUUUUACAGAAUAGUUGAGUAGAUUUUAACACAGAAACGCAGAAGCAUUGACGACGGACUCCACAGUCACAGCUGUAACUGUGCUCUCAGAUGUCACAGUGGUAGCAGAUGUGAUCGAGGAGUAAAGGAGGGCUGUUUUAGAAUUUUAUUAGACAAUAAUGUUUUGUAUAAAGUAAAGCAGCAACUGAAAUCCAGUAAAUCCUAGAGUCAUCGGUGCUCAUAUUGAUUACCGAUAUUAUAAAGUAGUUGCUAGUUGUUUGCUUUUUAGGGUUAGCGCUGAUGUGUUUACCUGUAAUCGGUGUGUUUUAAUGUAUUAAAGACAAAUGGAACUUGAAUGCCA